AUGAAUUCCACCGGCAUCACUCAUCGGGACACCAAAGGAGUGCGUCAAAAAAUAGCUGACCUCCAAAGUUCAUACAAUUCCGCCUGUGACUUUAUGAAGAACACCGGCGAGGGUAUUUUGGAGGCCGACGAAAUCAAUGGUGUCCGUACAGUGGAAGACCGAAUCAACAAGCUCUGCCGUUAUUGGAGCAUCCUUGAUCCCAUCAUGGGAUCAAGGUUAGUCACCGAGCCUCUCCAUAUUCGAUCGUCUGUUGGCGGAGAUCAACCAGGUCGGCAAGACUCGUCAGACGUUGAAGAUGACAACCCACCUGCCGAACCUUCCGCACGCACAACCACAAACAACACACACUCCCCCAACCCGCCAACCGAUGGGUCUGACCUUCCUGAGUUGUCUUCGUUGAUGCCACGACCUCGUCUCUCAGCUCACGCUCGCACCCCUGCACCAUCAACCCAAAAGAAGAAGCAUAAACGCAAUUCCACUUCAAAGCGUCCUGCAACCCAAACCCGAUCCUCUAGAAACAAACGCAACAACACUGAGGAACUUUACAUGAUGUCAAUUGUCUCCAAGCGACAAGCCAAUAUCACCAGAGCUCGUGCCAAGGCCAGUAAGAUUAAGGUCUCCUACAUGAAGGAGCUCAGGGAGCAUGGGUUAUCACUUGAGGAAAUCAAGACAAAAACCUCAGUCGAGUUCCCCCCCUUGCCUGACAUGGACGAUGGAAAAAACAAAUCAAAUGAAGAGGACUCUGAUGACUUGUUGUAG